CAGUCGCUCUUUGGCGUUCGCGCGGAAGAGUACGUCUGUCAAAAUAUCAUCAUAAAAACCGGUAUUUUCAUUAAAAAAAAAUAAAAUCAACAAAUAUUGUUUAACAAGUUUAUUUAUUGUUUGAAUGCACAAUUAUUAAUGCCAAAUUUAAUUAUAUCGCGAGUAAAUUUGCUUGUUUUUAAUCAAAAAUAGUGAACUGCGUGCGAUAGUGUUUUGUUUUUUUUUUUCUCUCUCUCUCUCGUUUUCUACUGCAAAACAAAAGAAGAUCAGUAGAAAAAAAAAAAAAAAAACCACCAAACGGAGUGUAUUUUUUGUGUUUGAAAAAUGUGUCAUAAAAUAUUGUGAUUGGAGUAACAAUUGUGUACAAAAAAUAACCAAUUUCUUACAUUAAAAAAAAACACAAUAAUGCUGAUAAUAUUUUUUUAUAAUUUUACGUGUUAAUAAUUUGAUUUUAAAAUUAUAAAUAAUAUUAUAUUUAUUAAUAUAUAUUUUUAUAAUUUUCUUGAUUUAAUAAAAAACAUGAAAAUAUUGUUGGGACAAAAAUAAAUAUAUCGAUUUCUGGAGUUUGUGUGGCAUAUAUUUUCUGGGUCGAAGAAGAGAGCGUCGUUUUUGCCGGCAGCCGGCUUCUUUUUUUUUUUUUGUUUUUUUUUAUUCCUUUUUUAUUUCUCCACGCGGCAAAUAUAUUGUUUUAAAAAUAUUAUUGUUAUUGCAUUCCGUAUUUACAUUUUUUUUUUAAAUGUGCAUAUAUAAUGGAUACUAUCGUGAAUUUAGUAACAUUGUUAAACGUCAAUGAACGUCACAUAAAUUUAUCAAACAUUACCAUUUAAAAAAAUAUAUAAAUAAUUAUUAAAUAUUGUUUUUUAAAUAAUUUAUAUUAUUUAAAUUAUCAUUGUCAUUUAUUUUUCAUUAUUUUCAUCAUUUUUUUUUACCAAAUUAUCAUUGUGAUUUAAUUAAAGUGCAAAUGUGUCGGUGAUGUGAAAAUAAUUAUCAAGUGUUUCAUUAAAAAUAAUAUAUAUAUAACAAAAAAUUGAAUAUAAUAAUUAUUGAUUUUUAUUCAAUAGUAAAUAAUAAUAAUAAUAUUAUUUUUCAUUUGAUUUCACAACGUUAUUUUGGUGGUGACAGCGAAAUUUUGAUUUAAAAAAAAAAAAAUUAUCACGUGUUUGUGUUUAUUGUGUACUUGUUAUUGUUGUUGUUAAUUUAGUUUCUUAUUUAUUGAAAUAUAAAAAUUCAUUUAAUUUGAAAUUGUUUUAAUUAAAUUUGAGCAAAAAAAAAAAUUGGAGUUAUUGGAGUAAAAGAAAAGCGAAAAAAUUGUGUUUAAAGUGAUGUUUUACUAUUGAAAAAAAAAUUGAUGUUAAUAAUUUUUUUUAUGUAUUUAUUUGACGUGAAGAUAAAACUAGUUGAUUGAUUGAUUUUUAUAUUUAUUAAUAAAUAAAUAAUAAUUAUUUAAUCAUGGAUAUCCUGCCAAGCGAGAACAUAUUCAGAGAAUUGGAGGGAAUACAAGAUACAGGAUACUUUUCAGCCCAGACAUCACUUGAAGAUCAUUGGCAACAGACUUGCUACGAAAUGGAAAGGUACCUGAAAGAUGAACCCAAGCUACAAUCGUACAAAAAAUUACCUACAGAGCUUGAUACAGCACCGUGGAAUUUAUUUAGACCACCAAUAUCAUGGACAACAACAUGCACAGCUACCACUCAGUAUGAACCUCAAAUAAAAAUGGAGGUCACAACGUCUGAUGACAGAGAUGCAUUAUGUUUGGAAGACAUGAAAUUUAGUCCAGGUGAUCACAUUCACAAUGGUCGGGAUAGGGAUUUAUUGGAUUCAUUGUCAAUGUCAUCAGGAAGUUCAGCGUGUUCAGCAUUAUCAUGGGAUAGUUCACCACCUGUACUUUCAUGCCGAACGGUACCACUUAAAAAAGAAUUAAGUGAAGACCUUGAAGAAGAUGAAGAACACGAAGAAAUUGAAGAAGAAGAAGACAGUGGCUGUGAAGGCCAAAUAUUGACACCACCCUCAAGUCCCGAAUCGGGUCAGGGUCAUUCAAAUUCAAGUCAUUCAUCAAGUGGUAGUUCAAUGCUUGAUGUACAUAAUUUAAAUUUACAUGGUACUGGUGGAAGAAGUGCAAUUGUCAGGGUUACAGCUAGUAAUGGUCAAAAUGUUGCCAGAUUAAUUUCGGUAACGGCAAAUAGUUUUCCAAAUGUUGCAAAUACACAACAUACAGCAACGACGGUAACAGCAGCAGUUGUAAAUAGGCAUCAUGCAAGAAGUCAUGAACACAGUCCACAAGAUACAAAACGUAGAAUACAUAAAUGUAUGUUUCCAGGUUGUAAAAAAGUUUACACAAAAAGUUCACAUCUCAAAGCACAUCAAAGAACACAUACGGGUGAAAAACCAUAUAAAUGCAGUUGGGAAGGUUGUGAAUGGAGAUUUGCACGUUCUGAUGAAUUAACACGUCAUUAUCGUAAACAUACAGGAGCUAAACCAUUUAAAUGUCGACAUUGUGAUCGUUGUUUUUCACGCAGUGAUCAUCUUGCACUUCAUAUGAAAAGACACGUUUAAAUUAAGUCAUAUUUACCUGUCCUGUUGUCAUAAGGACGCACAAAAACAAAUAAACAAACAAAUUAAAUAAACACAAGAAUGAAAGAAUAUAAAAAACAAAAAAUAAUUUAACAAAGAAUUGAACAAAUACAGUAGAAUAUUGAUUAAUAAUAAAUAAAAAUAAAAUUCCAUUUACAAAGAUAAAACAUAAUAAGAAUGCAUACCAAGCCAUCAUCAACAUAUUUUUUUUUUUUCUUUUAUCAACGAUAAAUUUAUAUAUGAAGACAAAAAAAUUCAUACUCUUGACUUUGUCAUUCUCAUUUUCAUUAACGUGUGUAAGACUCAUAAAUAAAAAAAAUAAUAAUGAACAAUGGAUGUCAAUCACUGCCAAUAAAUUACGUUGAAAUUUUUGACUUCGUUAUUUGAGACUGUGCAGAAAUUCUAACAAUGAGUGACAAAAAAUUAACUAAAUUUAGAAAAAAAAAAAGAUAAAAAUAUACAAAAAAGAUUUUAGUAUUGAAAUUAGGCAAAUUUUUUUAGUAAAAAUGAAAAUUUAAAGUUUAAUUUGUGUAUUGUUUUGUCAAACCUGGAAGAUAUUUAACAGUUUUUUUUAUUUUUUUUAUUAUUCUUGAAAGAAUGAUUUCUGAAUCUACGGUGCUAAUUGUUUGAUUUAAAAUUUCCAUCAAUACAUAAUGAUUAAAGAAAAAAUAAAAAACAAAAAUAAAAAAAACCAUGUAAUUUAUCUUCCAGGCUGAUUAAAACGAUACAAAAAAAUUCUAGGAAAUUGGAUUUUUUUAGAUAAAAUGAAAAUUGAAAAAAAAAAAAAAUUGGAUAAAUAGAUGCGUAGUGAUAUUAGAAAGAAAAAAAAAAAUAAUAAAUCUACGAAUUGAUAUGUAUUAUGAUUAUUAUAAUUUUAAAAAUGGCAUUAAAGCCAAGUAAUAAUGAAGAGCAGAAGAGGUCUCAGUCGUUCCAUAUAUAUUUUUUUUUUUUAAUUUAUUUUUAUUUUAUAUUUUUUGUUAUUAAUAUUAAUGUUAUAAUUUGUAAAUUAAAUUCGCCAAGUGGGAAAUUAAGAUUAAGUAAACGUGCAAAAUAAUAAAACAAAAAUAUAUAUAUAAAUAUAUAUAAAAAAAAAAAAAAUCUUAAAUGAUUUAACACACAAGAGAUAAACUGAAUAUGUCGAUAAAUUAAAUGAAGUAAAUAAAUCAUCAGUGAGUUCUUUUUGUUUAUAUAUUUUAGUUGAUAAAACUCGUGAACAAAGAUAAAGAAUUCUUCCAAAUCCCUAGCUUGGAUGGAAAUUAAAUUAAAAAAAAAAAAAAAA